GUGGAACGAAUUUAUAACCAAUCAACACGCGAGUUGUUUUUAAAUGUGUCGAAAACGAAAAAAACCAUCCAUGGAGCGCGCGCGGCUCGGUAGUGUUUCGACGGCGAGGCGGCAGCGUCCGUGUAUUUAUAGGAACCCCCCGUCAUGAAACGUUCCCAGGCGCUUCUCAAUAAGAAGCGUUGAGGCUGUAUGGAACGUCAAGAUGGUGCCUCUUGUCGUCUUAGCCAUCGAUCGCCGUCUGUCGAUCGAAACGGCGCGCCACAUCGUGCCAAUGGGUUGGGCAACGUCAAGCGACGCAUUGGACCUGAUGUUGAUGGAGGAAUACGUCCGCCGAUCCUGGGGGCGAGAGUCAGCAGUGCCCCGAAAUGGAAGAACGGUCAGGCGGUUGCCAUCUCGCUGCUACAAUGGAAUCCAUGGACACCACGAAAAGGCUUGCGUGACUGUCGCCGUGACGUCCUUGAGUUCGUUCGGCGAGAAGCAUGUGGACAUGGGACGUGCGCGACAAUCGCGCCGCCGCAUGUUCGGCAUUGACGCUCGCCGAUGGUGCUUGGGGGAAUGACUUGAUCCACUAUUGGUACUUCAUGGAGAUGCGGAAAUACCUCGUGGAAAACCCAGAAAAUACCAUGACGUUCUUCAAGGCGAUUGACAUGGAACGAAAAUGUUAAAUACCUGACCAAAAAAGGGCAAUAUUCGCGAAAUUUGUCAUCAUUUUUAUUCGAUAUGGCGA